CAGUUGAUUCCCUGACUCAGCCGUGACCCUUCGCGGCUGCUCCGCGUGGGGCGACGACGCCGCGAUGCCGCGGGGAUGGGCGCCGAUGGCGCUGGGGUGGUGGUGGGCGGCAGCCGCCGUGUGCGGCUGCCUGUGGGCCGUGGCGAGGGGCUCGGAGGACAUCGUGGUGGGCUGCGGGGGCUUCGUCAAGUCCGACGUGGAGAUCAACUACUCCUUGAUCGAGAUCAAAUUGUACACCAAGCAUGGUACCCUGAAAUACCAAACAGACUGUGCCCCUAAUAAUGGCUAUUUCAUGAUUCCUCUCUAUGAUAAGGGGGAUUUUGUCCUUAAAAUUGAGCCUCCCCUAGGGUGGAGUUUUGAGCCGACGAGUGUGGACAUCCAUGUGGAUGGCAUCAAUGACAUUUGCACUAAAGGAGGGGAUAUUAAUUUUGUGUUUACAGGCUUCUCCGUCAAUGGAAAGGUUCUCAGCAAAGGUCAAACACUGGGUCCCGCCGGCGUUCUCGUUGCUCUGAGGAAUGCUGGUUCGGAGGUGAACAUACAAGCGACAGCUACUCAGACGGGAGGAAAGUUUGCUUUUUUCAAAGUCCUUCCUGGAGAAUAUGACAUCUUUGCUUCUCAUCCUACCUGGACAUUGAAAGAAGCAAGCACAACCGUACGGGUGACCAACUCCAACGCCUAUGCGGCUGGCCCUCUGGUUGUAGCUGGUUAUAACAUUUCAGGAUCUGUCCGAAGUGAUGGGGAGCCCAUGAAAGGCGUCAUGUUCCUCCUUUUCUCCUCUUCAGUGAACAAAGAGGACAUCAUGGGCUGCAACACCUCUCCUGUGGAUGGUUUCCCAGCAAAGGAUGAUUCUCUCGCCUAUCUAUGCAGUGUCAUAUCCAAAGAAGAUGGCUCCUUUACCUUCCUUUCUUUGCCAAGUGGAAAAUAUACUGUGAUACCCUUUUACAGAGGAGAGAGGAUCACGUUUGAUGUUGCUCCGUCCAGGCUGGACUUUGUUGUAGAACACGACAGUUUGAGAAUUGAGCCCAUUUUCCACGUCAUGGGCUUCUCGGUCACCGGUCGCGUUUUGAACAGCCCUGAGGGCGAAGGUGUUGCAGAUGCCACUGUGACCCUGAAUAGCCAGAUUAAAGUCACCACAAAGUCAGACGGUUCUUUCCGGCUUGAAAAUAUCACAACUGGCACGUACACCAUUCACGCCCAGAAAGAACACCUCUUCUUUGAUACGCUGACUGUGAAAAUUGCCCCCAACACGCCCCAGCUGGCUGACAUCAUAGCAACCGAGUUCAGUGUCUGUGGGCAGAUAUCGGUCACUCGGUUCCCUGACUCCAUCAAGCAGAUCAACAAGUACAAGGUCAUCCUGUUGCCCCAAGAUAAAGACAAAGUCCAGUUGCUUACAACAGAAACGGACACACGCGGGGCAUUCUGCUUCAAGGCAAGAUCAGGGGCGUAUGUCAUUCAGGUCAUUGUUCCUGAGGCAGAAACCAGGGCUGGUCUUGCUCUGAAGCCGAAAACGUUUCCUGUGACAGUCACCUCCAAGCCUGUGCUGGAUGUCGCCUUCUCUCAGUUUCUGGCCUCCGUUUCAGGGAAAAUCACUUGCUUAGAUGCCUGUGGCGAAUUGAUGGUGACCCUUCAGUCCGUGAACCGGCAGGGAGAAAAACGCAACCUCCACCUGGCUGCCAAGCUGAAUUCCGCCACAUUCAUGUUUGAAAAUGUGCUUCCAGGCAAAUACAAAAUGAGCAUCAUCCGUGAAGACUGGUGCUGGAAGAACAAGUCCUUGGAGCUGGAGGUUCUUGAAGACGACGUAUCAGGGGUUGAGUUCCGCCAGACUGGAUACAUGCUGCGGUGUUCGCUUUCCCAUGCCAUUACCUUGGAGUUUUACCAGGACGGAAAUGGGCCCGAGAACGUUGGCAUUUAUAACCUGUCCAAAGGAGUGAAUAGAUUCUGUCUUUCAAAGCCAGGUGUGUAUGAAGUAACGCCCCGUUCCUGUCACCGUUUUGAACAUGAAUACUACACUUACGAUACGUCUGCGCCAAGUAUCCUGACACUUACUGCGAUUCGACACCAUGUCCUCGGAACAAUAAUGACAGACAAACUCAUGGACGUGAUGGUUACCAUUAAAUCUUCCAUAGACAGCGAACCCGACUUGGUCCUCGGCCCCCUGAAGUCGCAGCAAGAGCUGCGUCGGGAGCAGCAGCUGGCUGAAAUAGAAACCCGCAGGCAAGAGAGAGAGAAGAAGGGCCCCGAAGAAGAAGGCUCGAAGCCCCCCGUGCAGGAGAUGGUGGAGAAGCUCCAAGGGCCGUUCCACUAUGAGUUUUUCUACUGGGCGAGGUCUGGGGAGAAAAUCACCGUGACACCAUCAUCGAAAGAACUCCUUUUCUACCCACCGUCAGUUGAAACUGUGGUCAGCGGAGAGAGCUGUCCUGGGAAGCUGAUUGAAAUACAUGGGAAAGCAGGUUUAUUCCUGGAAGGGCAAAUCCACCCUGAACUGGAAGGUGUUGAGAUCGUCAUCGGUGAGAAGGGAGCACCGUCCCCACUCAUUACUGUUUUCACAGACGACAAAGGCUCUUACAGCGUGGGACCCCUCCACAGUGACCACGAAUACACCGUCACGGCUCAAAAGGAAGGAUUUGUUUUAAGUGCCGUGGAGGGAUCAGUGGGCGACUUCAAAGCAUUUGCUCUGGCUGGAGUCACUUUUGAGAUUAAAUCAGAAGAUGACCAUCCUCUUGCCGGAGUCCUGCUGUCUCUCAGUGGAGGUGUGUUCCGCUCUAACCUCCUGACUCAGGACAACGGAAUGUUGACUUUCUCCAACCUGAGCCCAGGGCAAUACUAUUUCAAGCCCAUGAUGAAAGAGUUUCGCUUUGAGCCCUCUUCUCAAAUGAUCGAAGUCCAGGAAGGUCAGAACCUUAAAAUCACCAUUGUUGGUUACAGAACAGCAUACAGUUGCUACGGCACUGUCUCCUCUCUAAACGGGGAACCCGAGCAAGGUGUUUCCGUGGAAGCCGUGGGCCAGGGAGAGUGCAGCGUCUAUGGAGAAGACACGGUCACCGAUGAAGAGGGCAAGUUCCGACUGCGUGGGCUACUGCCUGCUUGUGAGUAUCACAUCCAACUGAAAGCUGAAGGCAACGAUCAUAUCGAAAGAGCCCUUCCACAACAUCGCACAAUUGAGGUUGGCAGCAGCGACAUUGGGGACGUGAAUAUUAUUGCUUUCCGCCAGAUUAACCAGUUUGAUCUGAGUGGAAAUGUGAUCACUUCCUCCGAGUACCUCCCAUCCUUGUGGGUGAAGCUUUACAAAAGUGAAAACCUGGACAAUCCAGUCCAUACAGUCUCAUUGGGCCAGUCCUUAUUUUUCCACUUCCCGCCGCUGCUCCGAGAUGGAGAGAAUUACGUGGUGCUGCUGGAUUCGACACUCUCCAAAUCGCAGUAUGACUACACCCUGCCUCAAGUUUCCUUCACUACGGUUGGGUACCACAAGCAUAUCACGUUGGUUUUUAAUCCCAUGAGGAAGCUCCCUGAACAGGACAUCGCUCAGGGAUCCUACAUCGCAUUACCGCUGACGCUGCUGCUUCUGCUGGCUGGUUACAACCACGACAAGCUGAUUCCCUUGUUGCUCCAGCUCACAAGCCGUCUCCAGGGGGUGCGGGCUCUCGGGCAGGCGAGUUCUGAUGCGGGUGGCCUCGAGGACGUGAAGAGACAAGCCAAGAAACAGAAGACGCGGCGGACGUGAGACAGAAUCGGCUCUCUCCCAGCUCGGACGGUGGGCUUUUCAAUGGUGGUGCUAAAGGGGACCUGACGAAGCUCUUUCUCUACAGCUCGAGUCCUGGACUCAGGCCUGGUCUGUCCAUGCAGCCAAAUUAGGUGGUGGGAGGACUCUUCAGCUUCAGAUGCUUUUGAUGGCUCACCGACAUCAAAAUCUCCCUGCAAACAGAAAAUGGGCAGAGCAGGCAGAGCUGGGCUGGAAUUGUUCUCCCUGCUGCACUCGCUUUCUACUUGCAGGGAGUCUGGGUUGUGUUUUAACAUGGAGGCCCAUUCCGAAUUAGAAUCUGCCGCCUUCCACCACGUGAAUCCAUUCCACCACCGGCUGAAUGUGCAGAUGAGGUCUGAGUUGCUUCAUCCAUGAUGUAAGCUCUGUAUGGCACCUUCAGAACAUCACAACUGUGGGUUUUUACAAAAGGCUAACCAACUGGCUCUUCUGACACAGAGAACAGGGCAGUUCACACGGUCGUAACUAGGGUAGGAGAAGCCCCCUAGCCUGGCUCGGGAGCUGUGCACUCUCCUGCUUGCCAGCAAUCUGUCAGUUACAACCCAGUUCACAGGCACCGUCUGUGCUCAGCAGCACUGGGGCAGGGGACUUCUCCUCCUACCUCAUUCAGCAGUUGACUAGCAGGCAGCCCUCCGGCUCAGCCACUACCGAGUACACACGAUCACGGAAGGAGCCUCUGCCCUUGUCUUGAACGGACCAGCAAACGGGACCACGGGCAGCUCCUGAACUAGGUUAGGCGGCUUCUCCUACCCUAGUUACGGCUGUGUGAACUGCCCUAGCGUCUUGCAAACUACAGGUAGCGUUGGGAUAACUCUUGUUUCCGGCGGGGGCAGGGUCAUAAUUUUUAUUUGCUCUGAUGUUUGCGAGAACUACUGCCAUUAAAAUCCGAUUUGCCUCCCA